AUGAACAGGACGUUUGGGAAGCCCCCACUAAAGCCGUGCCAUUUGAAUGAACCCCAUAAUCACCAUGGAAACAAUGGAUUCCACACAACCCAUGCCGAGAACAGCCCGGCGAGACCUCGCAUGCUGACUGUUGUGAGGCCAGGCGGGAGGACACACCUGAGGAAGAUCACCAUCCUCCUCAACAGGCGCUCGGUGCAGACCUUUGAGCAGCUGGUCAUGGACAUAUCUGAGGCUCUUGGGUACCCCCGCUGGAGAAACGACCGCAUCAAGAAGCUCUUCAACCUGAAGGGCAGGGAGAUCCAGGGUGUCUCAGACUUCUUUCGCAGCGAUGAGGUCUUUGUGGCCAGCGGAAGGGACAAGCUGUCCUUGCAGGACAUCGAGGAGGUUCUGGAGGAGCUGUACCCAGACAGCCCUCGUUACCAUGACCACGUGCUGCACAAAUGGGAGAGGGUCCUCGGGCAAGCGGUCAACACAUCCAAGGCUGACAGCGGUUUCCACGAGGAGCUGGACCCAGCUCGAAAUGUAGUGCCAGCAGGGGCCGAUGGCCCCCGGAGAGCUGGGGACAAAGCAUGCCGAGAGGAGAGGCAGAAAACGAAGCAGCGAGAGAAGGACAGAGGAGAGGCCCAGCUGGGAGAAAAGACCCAGCCAAGACGGGCAAAGGAGGCCUUCCAUCUCAAGGGGAAGAUCGAAAAGACUGAAAAGCUCAAUGCAAUAUAUGCCCCCUGUGCAAGCUACUGCAAGAACUGUAAGAGAGGCAGAGGUGGAAGACCGCAUGGUGGCCUGAUGAGAGAACGGGUCUCAUCUCCCACCAGAGACCGCCAGGUAUGGGAAAAGGAUAAGUCCCUGGAGAUGAGAAGGCCACCGCAAAGAUAUUCACGGAGUGUUUACGAGCAACCCUGGGAGAGGCUGACUGGCCGGGAGCGCAACAUCAUGAAAAGCCAAGAGUGCGUCAGUGAUUCUUUUGGCCCUGGAAGAAAGGAAGGGCAGUGUGGGAAGGUGCCCAAGGAGAGGCAGCAGCAUGUUGAGGAAGAAACACCAGCUGGGAUUAAGGAGCGUCCAGAAGCAGAGACUGGAAAAGCAGCCGAUAAUCCUCUCAGGGAUGGACCGAACAAUGCCGUGAAAGAGAACAGCUUUGCUCCACUUCCAGCUCCUGAGCAUUCACCAGAAGAACAUGGGGACAAGAGUUUGCAAGACAAUUCGAAAGAGGGGGAACAGGGCACUGCUGAGAGAAAAGAGCAAAGGGAGGACCUUGAAACAGGGGCACAGCCUGAAAAUGACCCUGAUGCCCUGCUCCCAGUGGGGCUGGUGGACAUGGAGGGUGGCAUUGAGCAGCACUAUGAGAUUGGCCGCGUCAUUGGGGACGGGAACUUUGCUGUGGUGAGGGAGUGCCGGCUGCGGAACUCCGACACCUGCUACGCCAUGAAGAUCAUCGACAGGGAAAAAGUGAAGGGGAAAGAACAAAUGAUCCGGAAUGAGAUCUCCAUCAUCCGAAGCCUCUCGCACCCACACGUGGUGCGGCUUCUGAGGGACUAUGAGAUCGAGGGCCAGAUCUACCUGCUCAUGGAGUUGGUACAGGGUGGGGACCUCUUCGACGCCAUCACAGAGAGCGUGAAGUUUAACGAGCAUCACACAUCCCUCAUGGUCAGGGACAUAUGCAAAGCGUUAGAGUACAUACACAGCAAGAACAUCGUGCACAGGGACCUGAAGCCUGAGAACCUGUUGGUCCAGUGUAACCCAGAUGGAAGCAGCACUCUGAAACUGGCUGAUUUUGGUCUGGCUAUGGUGGUCACCGAGCCCAUCUUCACUGUGUGUGGAACCCCAACCUAUGUGGCCCCAGAAAUCCUCUCAGAAAAAGGUUAUGGCUUACCUGUGGACAUGUGGGCAACUGGCGUGAUCCUCUACAUCCUGCUAUGUGGCUUUCCUCCCUUCCGCAGCCAGGAGAAGGAUCAGGAUGAGCUGUUUGAGCUCAUUCAGCAGGGGGAGUAUGAGUUCCUGCCCCCCUACUGGGACAGUAUUUCUGAUGGUGCCAAGGGGUUGAUCCGAGGGCUACUUCUGGUGGAUCCUGGGACGAGGCUAAGGGCUGAGCAGGUGCUACAUCAUCCAUGGGUGCAGAGUGAAGCUGGCAGUCUUCAGGAGGAAGCGAACAUUGUCAAUGUUGACAACUCGAUUUCAAGCCAGCAAUCCACUGAACAAUAAUACACGUGGUUGACUUUUCAGUAAGGAGGAACAUCGCAGGAAAUAAAUGAUUUGCCAGAUUAGUAUAUGUUUGUAGGGACUCUGAUUAGCACCAUCCCAGAAGCAGAAUGUGUCUGAAAUAACUGGUAUCUCUUCCAUGGCCAGUGACAUGAGAAGCAGGCUUCAUGAAACCGAUAACAGAUGCAGCUGCCAUCUAAUCUCAGUGGUCAAAUGGUAUGAACCAAGCAUUAUGGGCUCAUGAAGCCCCAUUGUCCCACAUUCAUCAUGGCAAAGGGCAAGUAAGGGAAUGUUGGGGAAGCUCCUGUAAAAAAGGAUGAAUAGGCCAUAUUCAUGUACACAUUGGGGAAUGUGCAUUUCAUUCCUUCAAUACAGAGAUCAGUUAUUUAUCAGAGUGCCAAAGACAUCAUGCUGAUGGACCUGGAGUAUCAGAAUAUCACAGAAAUAGUUUUCUCACGAAGCUUGGUCCAUCAUAUUGGUAUAUCUUCCUUUGUUGUUGAAAUAUCUGACUUGGUGAACACACUUUUCAUGUCAAAAACUAUGAUUUCAGUAUUAGUUUUUUUUGUAUUAUUAUUUAUUUUUUUAAACAUGAUUACUUUAAAGCCAUCAGUGUUGAUCAUUGGCACAGUCACACCAAGUUGGUUGUUCUGGGGGAAAAAAGAACAAAAAACUGUUUUUCAGUCAGUUGAGUUGAAAUGGUAUCAGAUCAUCUACAGCACAUACACACAUUACAGUUAGUGUAUAGUAAUUCACAUAAACAGUUGACUGUGCAAAUAUACAGUGAGGUCGAUAAGGACUUGGAUAGUGACACAGUUCUGAAGGGUUUUCUUACAUGGUUCACCUCAUAUGGAUGCCACCCUCAAAUUAAAGUGAGGAUGGUCAGGUUUCAUUUGUGGGUAUUUACAUCCAUAUAGAAUGAAGCGUGUAGGAAUUACAGCUCUUUAAAUUUGUGUCACUGUCCAGAUACUUAAACCUGACUGUUUAUGACAUGUUUAAUACAUAUUUAUCAUUUUAAUUGGGUAAUUAUAAUUCAUAUUUUGAGGCUCAAAAUAGUGGGGUUGAUAGGUACUGUAUAUGCACAUUUAUAAUUUUGUGUUGUACUCUUUGGGCAUGUAAAUAAAUAAUCUGCAGCCA